AUGGGGACUUUUACCUUCAAAUGGCCUCACAGUGCGAACGAGGUGUUCGUCACCGGUACAUUCGAUGAUUGGGGUAAGACCGUGAAACUGGACCGGGUGGGCGACAUCUUCUCCAAAGAAGUCGCAUUGCCUGCAGACAAGAAGAUCCAAUACAAGUUUGUUGUUGACGGCACUUGGACCACUGAUAGCCACGCUCGAGAGGAAAACGACGGACACGAUAACAUCAACAACGUGCUGCUUCCCGAAGACAUCCAGACCCAGACCCAGACCCAGACCCAAGAUCCUGCCACCCACGACGUCACCACACCUACCAUCAUGUCUGGUGUGACCCCCGAUUCCACCACGGCGGCCCUCACUGCCCAGGUCCCCAAGGAGCAGCCCAAUGGUGGCCUACCGGGAGCCUUCCCUGACACCCCGGGACAGGAGUCCGACCAGAUCCUGUCUGUCAAUCCCAUUCCCGCCUCCGGUGGCUAUGGCAACCCGAUCAAGUUGGCCCCGGGCGAGAAGGUCCCGGAUCUCAGCUCCAUCUCGGGCAACACCGUGGAUUCGACCGUAAAGCUGGACAAGGAGUCAUAUGAAAAGGGCGACAGUGUGCCGCUCGGCAGCGCUGGCACUCAGAGUGAUACCGCCGGCUCCAGUGCUUUCACCGUGCCUCCAGUCACCAAGAACCUCAUCCCCGAAUCUAGUCUCCCCAUGGGUGGUCCUGCUCAGCGGGCUGCCCAGGCCGAUCAAACCCAGACCAGCAUUGGUGGCCCUGCCCAACAGGCCGCCAUGGCUGACCCCGGCUACACGAUUCAGUCUGCGGCACCUACCUCGACUACUGCUGCCCUGGCGGCCGAGGUCCCUUUUGAAAAGAACAAGCAGACUAACGGCACUGCCGAGCCUGCUCAGAGUGUUCCCCAGGCGGCUGCCAACAAAGAAGCCGUGGAAGAGAAGAAGGCCAUGGAGAAUGAGCUGCACAAGACUGUUGCUGUCGAGCAAUCUACCGGUGCUCCGGCACCGACCACCGCUGCUGUGCCUGUCACCGACGUCCCUCAGAUCGUGAAGGAGUCGAUCGCUGAGUCCCACCAGAACCCCGAGGCGGCUGCUAACAAGGAGGCUGUGGAAGAGAAGUCGGCAGUGGAAAGCGAGCUGCAGAAGACCGUUCCCGUGGAGGAGUCUGCCGGCGCCCCAGCUCCGACCACUACUGCUGCUACUGCUGCUACCGCCCCCGGUGCUAGCCUGGCUGUUCCCCCAAUCGACUCUACCGAUGUGUCUCCGACCUCUACACCUCCCCCCGGCCGUGUUGCCCCCACCUCUGCUGCACCCACCUCCGAGCCAGCGCCCACCGAGACCCAGACUGCACCGGUUGUGACCACUGGCGUGGCUACGUCCGAGACGGCCGCCAAGUCGACGCCCGAGCCAGCCCAGCAGUCCGCCAAUACCUCCGGUGCUGGUGAGAUUAACGCCAAGGAGGAGAAAAAGAAGAAGCGCCUGAGUGGAUUCUUCAGCAAGCUCAAGGAGAAGCUGAAGUAG